AUGCGGGCAGCAACGCGCGGCACCGCGGCGCCACCGCCGGCGUCCAAGCCUGCGGCGUCGGCGUCGUCUCGCGUCGACUGGGCGUGCGUCGCGUCGGCAGCGCUCGCCGCCCUGCUCUACGCCGGGACGCUGCGCGCCGGGUUCGUCUACGACGACAACCGCGCGAUCCUGACGAACGAGGAUGUGGUGGGCGGCGGCGCAGAGUCGUGGUGGCGCGUGUGGCGGCACGACUUCUGGGGCACGCCGCUGCGGCACGCGGGCUCGCACGGCUCCUACCGGCCGCUGGCCGUGCUCAGCUUCCGGCUGGACGCGGCGCUGUGGCGGCUGCGGCCCGCCGGCUUCCACCUGAGCAACGUGGCGCUGCACGCCGCCGCCACGGCCGCCGUCGUGCGCUGGGCGCGCGCGCUGCUCGCGAGACGUAAAACUUUGUAUCAUGCAGUCACGGGCCUGCUGUUCGCGGCCCACCCGGUGCACACGGAGGCCGUGGCGGGUCUGGUGGGACGCGCCGACGAAGGCGCAGCCCUGCUGCUGCUGCUGGCGCUGCUGCUGCACGAGGCGCACUGCCGCCGCAGGCGCGCAGCUCCACCAGGUGCCUGGCGGGGUCGCCUGCUGCUGUCGCUGUGUGUGCUGGUGUCGGGCUGCGCCAUGCUGGCCAAGGAGCACGGCGUGUGCGCGCUCGCUAUCUGCCUGGUGAGGGAGGCUCUCGCCUGGCAGAGGGCGGCUGCAGACCCCAGGGCCAGGAGGCAGGCGGUGCGCAGCGCCUGCUGGCUGGCCGCCGGCCUGGCUGCGCUGGUGGCGGCGCGGCUGUGCGCGGCGGGCGGCCGCGUCCCUCGCUUCGCGGCGGCCGACAACCCGGCGGCGCGCCACCCCUCUCGGCUGACGCGCGCGCUCACCUUCCUGCUGCUGCCCGCGCUGCACGCCUGGCUGCUGCUCUGCCCCGCCACGCUCAGCUUCGACUGGUCCAUGGACGCCGUGCCGCUCGUCCACUCGCCCGCGGACCCGCGCAACGCCGCCUCGGCCGCGCUCUACGCCUGCGUGGCCGGCGCGGUUCUUCUCGCCGCCAGGCGCUCCGUCCGCGCAGCCGCCGCCGCCGACCGCCGCCACUGCAAGCCGCCCGCCGUCUGCAUAGACCACAACGCCAACCACAGCGUCGCCGCGGCCUGCCACCACAGGACGCAACACAGGAGCGAGAGCGGCCUGGGGCGCGGCGCCACGCUGGUGGCGGUGUCGCUGUCUGCGACGGUGCUGCCCUUCGUGCCGGCGUCCAACCUGGUGGCGCACGUCGGCUUCGUGGUGGCGGAGCGCGUCCUCUACGUGCCCUCGGCCGGCUACUGCGUGCUCGCCGGCUACGGCUUCGCCAGGCUGCUGCACGCCUCCGACAGGAGGGCGUGGCGGUGGUCAGUGACGGGCUGCGCAUGCGUGUUGCUGGUACUCAUGUCUGCGCGGACGCUGCGCCGCUGCGAAGACUGGAUGGACGAGGAGAGCCUCUACCGUUCCGGACUGCACGUCAACCCGCCCAAAGCAUACGGCAACCUGGGCAACAUCCUGAGUAUGAAGGGCGAGCUGGAAGAGGCAGAGAGGUGCUACCGCAAGGCGCUCUCCUACCGGCCCAACAUGGCGGACGUCCACUACAACCUGGGCGUGUUGCUACAGUCGCAGCAGCGGCUGGAGGAGGCCGCACAAAGCUACCAGACUGCCAUAAGCUUCCGGCCUAGCCUCGCAGCCGCGUACCUGAACCUGGGGCUGGUGCUGUGGCGGCAGGGCCGCGAGGCGGACGCGCUCGGGGUGCUGCGUGCGGGGGCCGCCGCCGACGGCUCGGCGCUCAAGGACCCGCGCGCGCAUGCGCAGGCGGCGACCGCGUGCCGCUUCCACCUGGGCCGCCUGCUGCUCGAGAGCGGGCGCGCCGCCGCCGCAGACAGAGAGCUGCGCGCCGCAGUCGCCGGCAUGCCCCCCCACUACCAGCCACAGGUUCUGUGUAUUGAGUUGCCAAUGUUACUGUCACUGUCACUGUUUAGCAGCGGUAAUAAAAAGAUGGCGGACAGUGGAACAGUUGGAGGUGUGAAAACAAGAUGGCGGACAGUGGAACACUUGAAGAUGUCAUUGGCGGCUGUUUUGAAUUUCUCAGAGAGCCUGUUCAACCUGCUGGGAGAGGCGCAGGCGAGGCUGGGGCGGCAUGCCGAGGCAGAGCGCUGGUUCCAGGAAAGCCUGAGAGCCAAGCCCGACCACGUGCCCGCGCACCUGACCUACGGACGCCUGCUUGCCCGCAACAGCUCCCGGGCUGCAGAAGCAGAGCAGUGGUACCGGCGCGCCCUGCGUCUAGCCCCGGACGACGCGUCUGUUCUGCUCCACUAUGGGCAGUUCCUGCUGAGCCAGCAGCGGCCGGCCGAGGCGGCUGCGGCGCUGACCCGGGCCGCCUCGCUCUCCCCAGAGGCGCUGGCCUACGAGGACGCCAUGAACGCCGCCGCCAGCCUCAGGCUCGCCGGCGAUCUGCGAGCCGCCGAGACCUUCUACCGCAUGGCCGUCUCCAUGAGGCCCACGGAACCAGCCGGCGUGGGCAACCUUGGCGCGCUCUACCACCUGAUGGGCCGGCACGCCGAGGCCGAGAAGUUCUACCGGGAGGCGCUGCGCCUCUUACCCGGUGACCCUGUCACGUUGGCCAACCUGCGGCGACUACACCGUCGCAUGGCUGCCGGCACGUGACGAUUGACGAGGACUCUGCCCGGGAGAUGCCCCACAACAUGUGAACAACCCCGUCGGUCGUCUUAGAACUCCAAACAAUACCAACUGUUGACAUGACAGUAGCACAUUGUUAAUGUGCAACACUGACGUGGACACCGCCGAAGUAUGUCACGUCCACAGAUACUUUGAGGCAAUGUCUUUAAAACUUCUAGCUGCAAACUAAACGACUUGGUUGUAACCCUUUGACCUCUAUUUCGUGUGGGACGUCGGAGUCCCAACUACAUCUAGGAUACAUAGAAUAUCCAUCUGACCAAUGCAGUACCACAUUAAUUAACCUGCCUGGAAAAUUUUUGAACUGUACAUAGAGAAAUUCUCAGGUUUCCAAGCUCACCGCUUUUCUUGUAUUAUUUCGUUUGUUCGUUCAUCGUAAGGAAAUCACAGCUUUAUGAGAACGUACAACAGAUUGCCAAUUAACGGAGAAUCUCACUGAUUUAGCCCCUCUGCUUUGGAGGAACGGUGUUUCCAGUGUCGUGUCGAACUCUCAGUUCUAAAUACACUUGUGUACUCAGCUUUGUUGUAUGAUUACCCUGAGCAGCGAUUACAUAGCUCUUUUGUUUCGUAGUUUCUGUGCUCGCCAGUUAGGAAUUCCUUGCUUUUGCCUUAAUCCCAAAUGCGUUUCUCACUGUCGUAUUUGACACAGAGAAUGUUUCGAUGGAGUUUUAAAGAAAAUAAUUUAGGUAAUGUAAAAAUACUCCAUGGGACAAAAACAGCCUCCUUGUGGUUAAUAUAUUCGUUUACCACCGUGUACCUUCAAAAAUGUGUGGGGUCGUCUCGCUUAAGCGUCUACCACUUCGCAAAUGUCAUCACUGUCGCUUCUUAAAGAAAAUUAGUAAACAACAGAGCGAGAGGUGUUCAAUCUCAUUUCGAGUACAUACAAUUAACUAGACGGCAAUUUAUUUUAGUUAUACCAGACACGCUAUUAAUAAGUCACUGUUGUCUAGUCUAUGACUAAAUAUGACAUUUAUUGGAUCAAUUCUGGGGGACGUAAAAAGAUGUUUGAAGUUACAGUAAUGCGAAGCACGAAACAAAAGAUUUUUUCCGCUUACGUGAAUAAUUUCCAUCGCGACGAAACAUGAAAGAUUUUGGGCGGAAGGAAUAUAUUUUCCCAGGAAGAAAUUAUAAUAACUGUACAGAAAUGUUGAAGUUUUAUUUUUUGUAAAAUGUAAUGAAAACUAUUUUAUCAAAAUAUUUUUCUAUGUAUAUCGAAUUACUAUUAUAAGACAAGAAAUGGUUAUUUUAAAUGCCUGCUUUUUAAGAAUUCCAUAUUCAAUGUAUGUAAUUUUACAUGCUGCGUAUCUAGUCUCUUAUGUAGCGCAAAUAAAAUUAUAAAAAGUA